UGUACUAUUUGAUGCCUUUGCCACCCAUCAUCUCUACCAUAACCAUUGUCCAAACCUUCUUCCUUUGAAGUCUUAAUGGGUUGCUUUCUUGGUUGUUUUGGUUCCUCCAAACACAGAAAGCACAGGCACAAGGUCCAACGAAAUGGUAGUAGCAAUAUCAAGCCAGAGCAACCCAGUUUCUCUUUGGUUCAGGAUCAACCCAAAACUGUUCUUAGCACGGCAUCUCAACUCCAGGAUAAAAAUGAGGAGCAGAGUAGCAGAAAGAAAGUAACUUUCGAUUCCAAUGUGAAAGCCUACGAGCCUGUUUUGCCAGAUGAAGUUGGAGAUUCCCCUACAGAGAGGAAGAGUGAAGAAGGUGGAAAGGAGGAAGCUUUGGCCCAAUCAAAGUCCUCCUUUUGUGAAGAUAGUUCCUUGACUUCAAGUGGGUCUUACCCUUCAAACCAUAGGUACCAGAAUUGCAGGGACAGUGAUGAUGAAGAAGAAGAGAUUGAUUGUGGAGACAGUGAUCUUAGUGAUGAAGAAGAAUGUACUAAUGAAUUGGGUGAAGACUAUGAAGGAGAUGUAAUGGUGGCAACUACUACUGAUGCUAAUCAUGUGUUUGUUGAAGAGGUUGAUGUGAAGUCAAUUGUGUCCAAUCCCAAUGCUAGAGACAGAAGUGUUUAUGUUCAUCCUGUGCUGAAUCCAGUGGAAAAUCUCACUCAGUGGAAAGUUGUUAAGGCUAAAAGAACACCACCUUUGAGGCCUCAGAAGGAGAACGAGUUUGUCUUUGGUGUCAAGGAACCGCCUUUCAGCUUGAAUCCAGAAACUGACAACAUAUCAAAGAAGGUGAACCAGGAGAUUCCAGUUGAUGCCAGCCUGUCAAAUUGGUUGGUUUCAUCAGAAACUACACCAACAAACAAGGCUGGUUCAGGGGCUUUCCAUGCUGGUACCCCUGAUAGGAGCACCUCACAAGGUUCAAAUUCUGUGAUGAGUCAUGAAGAUAGGCCAAUCUUAGGUGCAUUGACAAUGGAAGAGAUCAAGCAAUUUUCAGCUACUUCUUCUCCAAGGAAGUCCCCCAGUAGGAGUCCAGAUGAGAUGCCUAUUAUAGGCACUGUCGGGACCUACUGGAAAGUUGCAGGUUCUGCUGAGGAUUCUGGCUCAGCCUCUUCCUUUAAAGGAAUUCCAAACACAACAAGCAAGUACAGAGAGGUAAAGAUGAGGUGAACUUUAUAGGAGAAAUUAUUACUCAUUGGUUGAGGGUGAAUUCUGAUUUGGGACCUGACUUGUGCAGGAUAAGAGAGUGAAUUGGCACUCUACCCCAUUUGAGACAAGGUUAGAGAAAGCUUUGAAUGGAGGCGCUGCUUCUACUUAUGGUCCUCGUAUAUUUUAAGAUAAGCUUUGAAUAGUGUGGUAUUGGGAAGU